AUGCGUCGAUCGGCGGUACCUGGACCCAAGACAAUAUCAGUGCAGCAGCCCAUCGGCGACAAACCAGGAGAGCCGGAGCAGCAGACAGGCUCACAAGAUGAUAACGAAGACGAUAAACAUGAGUUUCCAGAGAACAGUCACGAAGCUUGGCUCUGCUUAUUGGGUUCUUUUUUGAUGAUGUUCCCGUCCUUUGGAUUCCAAACUGCUGUGGGAUCUGUUCAGGACUAUAUCAGCACCAACCAGCUUUCUGAAUACAGUGUUAGCGAUGUGGGGUGGAUAACUGCCGUGCUUGUGUUCUUGACACUCUUCUUGGGCGUCCAGGUCGGUCCACUGUUUGAUCGUUACGGAUCAAGGGUGUUGAUAGUAUGUGGAAGCCUAGCCAACUUUCUCUGCUACAUCAUUCUGGCCCAAUGCUCUAAAUACUGGCACUUUAUGCUCUGCCUGGGGGUCCUUGGCGGUAUAUCGUCUGCUGUUAUCACCACAGUCUCUAUCGCAGUCCUAAGUCAUUGGUUUCAUCGACGCCGGGGUCUUGCAUCAGGAAUCUGUAUGGCAGGCUCAUCUAUGGGUGGAGCUGUGAUUCCACUGAUGCUUCGGAAACUUCUGCAAAAAUAUGGCUGGCUAUGGUCCAUCCGGAUUGUUGCGUUCAUGGCCCUCGGAUGCUACAUACUCGGCGUAGUUCUCGUGAAGGAACGUCUGCCCAUUAAGAAAACGACUCGAGCAACGAUCGAUAUAAAAGCAUUUUUCUCACCACGUCUUUGCUUCCUUGCGGUCGCCGUUUUCUCCUUCGAGUUCAUUAUUUUUGGCUGCGCUGCCCUGCUCCCCACGUAUGUGCGGUACGCAGGUAUGUCAGAAGACGUCCAAUUCUACUCCCUGACGCUUCUCAAUAGUAUGAGUCUGUUUGGAAGGGUUAUCCCAGGGUUUGCAGCCGACCAGCUAGGAAGAUUCAACACUCUUCUGUCCAUGGUAUGUGCUACGCUGAUCGUUAUGGCGGCUGUGUGGCUCCCAUAUGGAUCUCAUGAUGAGGUCACACUCUAUGUUGUUGUCGCUAUCUUUGGCUUUGGCUCAGGUGGAUGGUUGUCCCUAGCACCAGUAUGUGCUGGGCAGCUAUGCCGAACUGAAGACUACGGAAGAUUCUAUGGGACAAUAUACAGCGUUGCAUCAUUUGGAGUAUUGCUUACGGUUCCUGUCGGGGGAAAGUUAUUGCAGUCAACCACCCCAAAGGUCCUUAUUGGAUUUUACUCGGCAGUUUUGCUUGUUGGUAUGAUAAGCAUCACUUUGUCGCGUUGGGCGCUUUUGGAUUGGAAAUGGAGAUGGAUGAUCAAAAUCUGA